AGAAGAAGAAGAGAAGACAAGCGGGGAGAUAUAGAAACUUUCUUCUCAAAGAGAGCUGAUCUUUUGAAGCUUUCGAGGGACGUUCAGAGGUCACCAGUGGAUUAUUUAUUUACCUGGGAGAGAGCACAUUAUAUUUAAACGUUUUACCAGGGUUUUCGCCAUUCUUCCUGUCUGUCCAUGGUGGUUUGUAACAGCAAUGGUUUAUUCGAUACGAUCGAUAAUCCUCAUGAAGUGUUUUCAGAAGAAUGAAGACACCCGGGUAACAAGGGUGAAGACUUUACCCGACCGGAGGAGUUGAGCUCGGAGCCGACCGGAGGAGUUGAGCUCGGAGCCGACCGGAGGAGUUGAGCACGAAAUUCAACAAGAUCACUUCCUGAUGAUGACAGUAAACAUGGAUGACGAGGAGGCGCUGAACUCCAUCAUGAAGGACCUGGCAGCUCUGGGUCGCUGCUACGCCCAGCAACACGACAGCAGUAGCCACAAACCCAAGCCCAGGACCUUGCUGUACAAACAGGAUUUAAGAGUCAAGCUGGAGCAUGAGAGAGAGAAACGCAUCAUCCCGUUCCAGCGACCUCUGAAAAUCAAGGAGCUGCUCCAGAAGGUCACAGAGGCCUUUGGACAACAGAUGGACCUCUUCUACACAGACAAAGAGCGUCUGGUUCCUCUAAAGAGCCAGGAGGAUCUAGACAGAGCGGUGCUCAACGUGGGCUCUAGCAGCCUGCUCAGACUACUGCUGAAAACUCCCAAGAACAACCACUUCCUACAGGUGGGCAGUAGGGACAAACAGAGCGAGCUUAGGUCGUCCCGUUCUCUAGGGGAUCUGAAGGGUUGUAUACUCAAGAGCUCAGAGAGGGUCCGAAAACACUCCACAGGUUCUCUCCAUGCAGGUCGUAGGUCCCCCCCUCCAGGCUCGGUCCCAGAGGAGCAGCAGCAGAUUGCCAGGCAGGGCUCCUUCACCUCUAUUCACACAGAGGGAGAGUUUAUACCUGAGGGUCUGGAUCAGAAGUUGCUGGAGCCCUUUGGGAGUGCAGGCAACUCUCUGUCCAGCAGCUGUCAAUCAAUAGACCAAGCAUUGGACAGCCCUCCUUUUUCCCAGAACAACCGAGACAACAACUAUCUGAGCCUCAACUAUGAAGGACACCGAGGGCGCCACAGUAAAGGAGGAACUUUCCCUCGUCAAUUCCACUUGUCCAAUGGCAGCAAAGACUACAGCGAUGGUCGGAGGACGUUCCCUCGGAGCUUCAUGCCUCAGGAGAACCUGUUUCAGCUGGUUCCAUCCAGUCAGACCCGGAGUUACAACGGAGACAGCACUCUACAGUACAGCGACCUCCGUACGCUGGGCCGAGUCCCAGAGAAGAGCUGCCCCCGCAGGGAAGUACCCAGAUCUCCGCAGGCGCCGGUGAACUGGCGUCAGGGGAAGCUGCUGGGUCGUGGGGCGUUUGGGGAGGUAUACCUCUGUUACGACGCCGACACCGGACGGGAGCUGGCCGCCAAACAGGUGCCCUUUGACCCAGACUGUCAGGAAACCAGCAAGGAGGUGAAUGCUCUGGAGUGUGAGGUCCAGCUGUUGAAGAACCUGCAUCAUGAGCGGAUCGUUCAGUACUACGGGUCUUCCAGGGACCUGGAGAAGAGGAAACUCACCAUCUUUGUUGAGUUCAUGCCUGGGGGUUCCAUUAAGGACCAGUUGAAGGCAUAUGGGGCGCUGACAGAGAAGGUGACGCGGCGCUACACCAGACAGAUCCUCCAGGGAGUCUUCUACCUUCACAGCAACAUGAUCGUACACAGAGAUAUCAAAGGUGCCAACAUCCUGAGAGACUCCACUGGCAACAUAAAGCUGGGGGACUUUGGGGCCAGUAAACGCAUCCAGACCAUCUGCAUGUCAGGAACUGGCAUCAAAUCCGUCACCGGCACACCUUACUGGAUGAGCCCAGAAGUCAUCAACGGAGAAGGAUACGGACGCAAAGCUGAUGUCUGGUCUGUGGCGUGCACAGUGGUGGAGAUGCUUACCCAGAAGCCUCCCUGGGCGGAAUACGAGGCCAUGGCAGCUAUCUUUAAGAUAGCCACGCAGCCCACCAAGCCCUUCCUCCCUGAGGGUGUUUCCGAGGCCGCCCGGGACUUUGUGCGCCAGGUGUUCAUAGAGGAGAAGUGGCGUCCCACGGCCGAGAACCUCCUCUCACACCCCUUCGUCCAAGGGGGGUUCUGACCCUGACCUCUAACACCCCCAGGGCCACCCUGCCUCCCAGGCCUCUCCACAGCUCCAGUCCUCCAGGCUUCCAGGGCCCAGCACCACUCCACUCCAGGGCCCAGCACCAUGAUGCCAGACCUGAUCAUAACCUGAGCCCCAGUCUCUCUCCUUCACCAACUAACUGGCCCCAGACCUGAUCAUAACCUGAGCCCCAGUCUCUCUCCUUCACCAGCUAACUGACCCCAGACCUGAUCAUAACCUGAGCCCCAGUCUCUCUCCUUCACCAACUAACUGGCCCCAGACCUGAUCAUAACCUGAGCCCCAGUCUCUCUCCUUCACCAGCUAACUGACCCCAGACCUGAUCAUAACCCGAGCCCCAGUCUCUCUCCUUCACCAGCUAACUGACCCCAGACCUGAUCAUAACCUGAGCCCUAAUCUCUCCUAUAUGUUGUCUGUCUUGUGAUCAGUGGUCACCUUCUAUAUUCUGUUAGGUUAAGAGCAAACUCUGAAAAUACAUCCCACCUGUCAGGACUGUAAGUUAGUCAUCUAGUGUCCCUGUUGUCUUUGAGUAAUAUUCUGCUUCAAAGGGGAUUGUGAACAAUGUUUGUAAUACAUCCUAGAUGAACACUUGCAGUUACCUUAACAGUUGAUGUCUAUACUUUGACCUGAGAUAUGUACAUUUAGUUUUGUCUGAAUUGCCAAACGCCUUACAAUGAAUGACGAGUUGUAAAAUAGCAUUCGUGUACAUUUACAGAAUGACCCUGUUUCUACAACAUUAGCACUCUUUCUAAUUCGGAAAGAGACUGUUGCACAUUUUAUAGCAUGUAUUCAGUAGGUGCCCCAUUGCAGGAUAAUCAACAGGAAAAAAUAGAUGCUGUAAAUAUAUUUGACAUUUUUAUAAUUU